AUGAAAUAUUCCAUCGCCAUCUUCCUUCUCUCCGCUGUUGGAGUGACUGCGCAGGCAAAGAACUGUGGCGAAGUUGCAGCAUGUCUCAAAGCAGGACCCAACCCCGAUUACUGCUUUGAUAAUGAACGAUGCCUUUGUGGAACCCACAAGGAAAUUUUAAACGAUCCGAGAGCCAAACCAGCCCAGGACGAUGUCGACAAAUAUUGCGCAGUUGUGAGGAAGCGACGUUCUAAAUAA